AUGCUUGUAGCAGUCAAAGUUCUUGAUCUUCGAAAGAAUGGGGCUUCCACAAGUUUUAAGGCCGAGUGCAAAGCAUUGAGAAAUAUUCGCCAUAGAAACAUUGUCUCUAUCGUGAGUUAUUGCUCCAGUAUUGAUUCCAAGGAUGAUGAAUUCAAAGCUCUAGUCUAUGAGUUUAUGGAAAAUGGAAAUCUGGACCUGUGGCUGCAUCCAGAGACAACUGAUAAACCAACAAGCUCAAGAAGCCUUAAUCUUUCUCAGAAGCUGAACAUUGCAAUUGAUGUGGCUUCAGCAUUGCAGUAUCUUCACAACCACUGUGAAGCAGAGAUUGUUCAUUGUGAUCUAAAACCAAGUAACAUUCUUCUUGACAGUGAUCUUGUUGCACAUGUGGGUGAUUUUGGAUUGGCAAGGCUUCUCCCGAAACCCGUCAACAGAUCUUCCGAGCAAGAAGGUAGCAGUACCAUUGCUAUAAAAGGAACAAUCGGUUACGCAGCCACAGAAUACGGAAUGGGUCUUGCGGCAUCAACUCUUGGGGAUGUCUACAGUUAUGGGAUUCUCUUGCUAGAGAUGAUCACUAGGAGGAGGCCAACGGAUGAUAUGUUUAUGGAUGAGCUAGAUCUGCAUAACUAUGUUAAUAGAGCUCUGUCUGAACAAGUUUGUGAGAUCGUGGACCCCUUGAUUCUUUGUAAAGCAGGAGAUGGAAACAGAAGAAUGAUCAAUGGUGGAAGAGAGAUGGAGUGUGUUAUUUCCCUGUUGGAACUCGGCCUCAAAUGCUCACAAAGAUUGCCAAAUGAUCGGAUGCACAUGAAUGAAGUUGUCAGCGAAUUACAUCUCAUUAAGGGUGUUUUUCUUGGUGUCAGGCUCAUCCAAAUUCCAAAUACCAUGUGGGGAUUUCGCUCAUCAUCAACAUUAGCGGGCAUUUUUCUCCUACUCUCAGUUGCCGUGAACUUUUCAGCUGCAAAACAUUUUCAAAAUGAGACCGAUCGCCUUGCUCUGCUUGAAUUCAAGAAGCAGAUAUAUGAUGACCCGUUUGGAGUCCUGAAUUCUUGGAGCUACUCACAGCACCAUUGCCAGUGGGAAGGAGUCACUUGUGGUACUCGACAUCAAAGGGUCAUAGCCUUGAUUCUAAGGCAUAAGCAGUUGUCUGGAACCAUAUCUCCUCAUGUCGGAAAUCUAAGCUUCAUGAGGCUCAUCCAUCUUGAGGAGAAUCAAUUCCAUGGUGAGAUUCCCCAAGAAUUUGGUCGCCUCUUCAGGCUGAGAGUCUUGAACCUCUCAAGUAACGCAAUCAGUGGAAAAAUCCCAGCAAACCUGAGCUACUGCCUAGAGAUGACGACUAUUAACCUAAAGAUGAACAAGCUAGAGGGGAAAAUUCCGAUUGAUCAGCUGAGCAAUUUGAAGAAGCUUGAAAUUUUUUAUCUUCACGCAAACAAUUUUACAGGAGAGAUUCCCUCCUGCAUUGGUAACUUAUCAUCAUUGACUGCACUCAGUCUUGGCUUUAACAAUCUGGAGGGAAAUUUGCCCAUGGAAAUGGGGCUCUUAAAAAGGUUAGCUAAAUUAGGAAUUGCAGAAAAUAAACUCUCUGGUACAAUCCCUGCUUCUAUCUUUAAUAGUUCAGCCAUUACUACCAUUUCAGCACCCGAAAAUUCCUUUUAUGGUAAUCUCCCAACCAACAUAGGUCUCACCCUACCAAAUCUGAAACUAUUAGCUGUUGGGGAAAACAAGUUCUCUGGAAACUUUCCAACUUCAAUCACCAAUGCUUCUGGGCUUCAGAUACUUGAUCUCGACCAAAAUAUGUUUGCAGGCCAAAUUCCAACUAAUUUAGGAGAUCUGACACAACUUAAUGUUUUAUCUCUUAGUGAUAAUCUCUUCGGCAGUAAUUCUAGAGGCGACUUGGGUUUUAUUGGAUCACUGACCAACUGCAGUAAUCUAAGAAUCCUUGCCCUGAGUAUCAAUAAAUUUGGAGGUAAUAUACCUAGAGUCAUGUCCAAUCUCUCAAAUCAACUCACUCAAUUGUACUUGGGGGGAAAUCAACUGUCAGGAACUAUUCCAGAAGGAUUUGGAAAUUUUGUCAGCCUAUAUCUCCUUGGCCUUGAAGAAAACCAUCUUUCAGGGGUCAUUCCAAGAGAUUUUGGCAAAUUACAAAAUUUGCAACUUCUAAGUCUAUACCAAAAUGAGUUGUCAGGACAGAUAGUCUCUACCCUAUGCAAUGCCACACGUCUAUACCAUCUGAACUUAUCAUUUAACCAGUUUGAAGGGGGCAAUAUAUUUGACAAUGUUCUUAUGAGCUGUCAAAAUUUGCAAUAUCUGGAUAUAUCUCAUAACAACUUCACUGGAAUUAUAUCACCACAAUUUUUGCAGACGCACUCAUCAUCACUGAUGUACAUCAAAAUAGGUGAAAAUUCAUUUAGUGGUUCUCUACCUCCUGAAGUUGGAAAGCUUAUACAUUUGGUGGAUUUCAAUGUUUCCCACAACCAAUUUGCUGGAGAUAUACCCAUAUCACUUGCUGAUUGUUCAAAUCUGGCGAAUCUCUCCAUGCAGGCCAAUUUUUUCCAAGGAACAAUUCCACCAAAUUUGGCUUCUUGGAAGAGCAUCCAGAAAUUAGACCUUUCACGUAAUAACUUGACUGGAUCAAUACCAAAAGAACUUGAGAAGCUUCAAUAUUUAAGGUACUUAAACCUUUCCUACAACAACAUCGAGGGAGAGGUACCAAACACAGGGAUUUUCAGCAAUGCAAGUCAAAUAUCAUUGAUUGGCAACAACAAACUCUGUGGAGGCAUUCCGGAAUUGGAGUUCCCACCUUGUCCAGUGAUUAAGGGGAAAAACAGAGGAAAGCUGAAGGUUGUCAUAUUGCUGUCCAUUGUUUUACCGGCAACGCUUCUGGUCCUUGUUACAGUGUUGUUAUAUUUCUUGGUAUAUCGAAAAAGAGAAAGAAGACUGGUGGCUGGAUUCUCUAUCAUGCCCCCUAGAAUCGAUGAGCUCUUACGGCUUUCUUACCAUGAACUUCUUCGUGCAACAUCUGGAUUUUCUCCAGAAAACUUAAUUGGUUCAGGAAAUUUUGGAUCUGUCUACAAAGGAAGGCUAGAAAAACAUGGCAACAAGCUUGUAGCAGUUAAAGUUCUUGAUCUUCAAAAGAACGGAGCUUCGAAAAGUUUUAAGGCCGAGUGCAAAGCAUUGAGAAAUAUUCGCCACAGAAACCUCGUUUCUAUCGUGAGUUAUUGCUCCAGUAUUGAUUCCAAGGGUGAUGAAUUCAAAGCUCUAAUCUAUGAGUUCAUGGAAAAUGGAAAUCUGGACCUGUGGCUGCAUCCUUCAGAGACAACUGCUCAGGCAACAAGCUCAAGAAGUCUUAAUCUUUCUCAGAAGCUAAAUAUUGCAAUUGAUGUGGCUUCAGCAUUGCAAUAUCUUCACGACCACUGCGAAGCUGAGAUUGUUCACUGUGAUCUAAAACCAAGUAACAUUCUUCUUGACAAUGAUCUUGUUGCUCAUGUGGGUGAUUUUGGAUUGGCAAGGCUUCUCCCAAAACCCGUCAACACUUCUUCCGAGCAAAGAACCAGCAGUACUAUUGCCUUAAAAGGAUCAAUCGGUUAUGCAGCUCCAGAGUAUGGAAUGGGUCUUGCGGCAUCAACUCAAGGGGAUGUCUACAGCUACGGCAUUCUUUUGCUAGAGAUGAUUACAGGGAGAAGGCCAACAGAUGAUAUGUUCGUGGGUGAUCUUGAUCUACAUAACUAUGUUAAUGGGGCGUUGCACGAACUAGUUUAUGAGAUCGUGGAUCCAUUGCUUUUUCUUGAAGGAGAUGAAAACAGAAAUAUGACUCCUGGGGGGGAAACUAUUAAUGGUGGAAGAGAGAUUGACUGCAUUAUUUCCCUGCUGAAAAUUGGACUCAAGUGCUCUGCAAGAUUACCAAAUGACAGGAUGCAUAUGAAUGAAGUUGUCAGAAAAUUACAUCUCAUUAAGGAUGUUUUCCUUCGUGUCAGGCUACUUACAGGUCUGAAUCUCCAAGCUGAAGUUGUUAAUGGGGUGAGCUAA